AUGAAUAUUACAGAAGAAACACAAAAAAUAGUUAAUGCUCUUACAAGUGGUGAAUAUGUAAAAGCUGCAGAAAUUUAUUCUGUAAUCAUUAAUACUGCUAAACUUCAAAAUACACCAGAUGUACCGGCAUUGCUCGCUAGCCGAGCUUCUUGUUAUUUAUUAUCAAAACAAUGGCAAUUAGGCUUAAACGAUUGUAAUGAAGCAAUAUUAAUCAAUCCGCACACAAUUAAUGCCUAUGUACAAAAAGGAAAAAUCCUUGUUGAAUUGAAAAAGAUAGAUGAAGCUCGUCAAGUGGUUAAAGAUGCACGUGCGUUACUUGGAGAACAUCAAUUAUUGGUCGAUUUAGACAACAUAAUUAAUGACUCGUGGUUUACGGUUGGUACGUAA